CUGACAACGAACAUCCCGCUUCAUCGUUUCCAACGUCUACUAUACGGUAGUUCUGUAUGCUAUUCUUCAAUAGUCGCUCCAUCCCGCUUCCCUCCGCCCUGCGCCAAGCCCUGAUUUUCUAGGACACGCGCAUUCUAGAGGCGUCUCAGAAGUGGAGAUUAAUUCACCUGUUACCAGCCACUCCUCGGCCUCCAAGCCGCCGUUAAUCUCGUCCGCCGGCCUCAGCGCGUACUAUUUCCCUGCCUCGGUGUCUCGCGAUGGCUCGCCAAUGAAGGCAUUUCACGUGGCUCCAUCCGAUUCGAUGAUAGACUGCAGUCGCCUCAGCUUGCACCGAUCUCAUGGCCGAGUCGCUGAUCUCUCCCAUUCGCCCAGCAGCCACAUCUUGGCCACGUGGCUCUGCUGGAUUUGCGGCAACCCACGGCUCAUCAACCUCAGCCUCUAUCCGUUUGCUUUCGCUUGAUUCUCCGACGUCUCUAGGCUGUUCAAGAUGCAACUUAAUCUGCACGUUAAGUUGCAAUCAGGCGGUUCAGCAUACAACUAGUAGUCCCGCCUUCGGACCGCAAUGCUCUCCGCAAUGCUCUCCGCGCGCAGUUUUCGGCGCGGGCGGGAUUCACUCACGCACACCACAAUUGGAAGCGUCUAGAAUACAUCGUGUCGUGAGACAGACGUCUCUAAAGCCUCGUAAUAGUGCCGUGAAAGGGUCAUCUAGGAACGCUAUAAUCGCAGCAGCUGCAGGGCGUGCCACUCCACAGGGGACUUCUUCCCCUCGGAAAGGGCCCCUUUCCAACAGCACUAGUAGUGGCUCGGAAGGGUCAUUUCGGAACGCUGUAGCAGCUGCCGCUACAGGGCGUGCCGCCACUCCACAGGGGUCUUCUUCCCCUAGGAAAGGGCCCCUUUCCAGUAGCACUAAUAGUGGCGUGGAAGGGUCAUUUAGGAGGAACGUUGUAGUGGCUGCCGCUGCAGGAGGUGCCACUCCACAGGGGCCUUCGUCCCGUAGGAACGGGUCCUUGCUUUAUAGCACUAGUAGUGGCGUGGAAGGGUCAUUUAGAAACGCUGUAGUGGCUGCAGCUGCAGGGCGUGCCGCCUCUCCACAGGGGCGUUCGUCCCGUAGGAACGGGUCCUUGCUUUAUAGCACGAGUGGUAGUGGCGUGGAAGGGUCGUUUAGGAAGGCUAUAGUGGCUGCCGCUGCAGGGCGUGCCACCACUCCACAGGGGCCUUCUUCCCCUCCCGACCCUCCUCCCGAUCCGCCUCUUUUCUCGCUGUGGCCCAGACCUCCUGGCAGUGACGUUGAGGAUGGAAGUAGCAGUGGUAACCCCAUUGACGAUGAUGACAGCAGCAGUGACGACGAGAGCACCAUCGGCAGCAGCGGUGCUGCCGCCAGGGCGAAAGGCUUUGGAGCGACAGCAGCAGGAAAAGCACCAGGGAAGAAAGGCGGUGGCCGAAGGGGGGGAGGAAAACGGGCGAAUGCCCCUCAGGCAAUGCCUAAGGGGGCGGUGUCCAGAGCACAAGUCACGGAUCCACGUAAAAGGGUUCCUCCUGAGUCCGUAACCAGGGUAGGCAGGGUAACCGGGGAGAAAGGGGAGGGGGAAGAGGUGAACAUGAUAGAUGCGUUUUCAGACCUUAGUUAUGAUCAGCAGGUGGCGGCAGCUUGGUACUUGGGUCUGCCGAUACCCACGAGGGCGGACGGGAGAAGGCCGAGCGAUGCUGAGAUGUUUCUCCGAGUGUUCGGCGGCAGUCUCAAGCUGACUGGGAUCAGCAUCGGCAAGAGGAAGGCGAGUGGCGGCGAUGGUAGUGGUGGGAGUGAUGGUGAGGAGGGGAGUGACGGCGAGAGGGGGAGAGGCGGAGAGAAGGGGAGAGACAGCGGGGAAGUCACGGUGCGGAGUGGGGAGCGAGAGUUUGUUCUGAUGAGCGAUAGGAAUGAGCUUAGUGAGGCGGAUUUGGCGGCUAUUGAGGCGGAUCUUGCGGCUUACGUUGACUUUGCAAGCAGUAUCGAUUUUGAGCCUGGCAGCAAGCAGGGUGACAGGGACAGGGGGGGGGACACCAUCAGCAACAGCACCAGUGGAGUCAGUAGCAGUGGCAGCAGGAGCACCAGCAGCAGCAGCAGUAGCACCAGCAGUGGUGGCAAGGGAUUGUUUGGGUUUGGGGGAGACGUGGCACGAGGAUUAUCCGACGCCGUUCAAUGGUUCAAGUCUGUUACCGCUCCUGACCCCACAAGACCACUUGAAGCCACCACUGAACCGCCCCUCCCGUCCGAUCCUACCAAGUUGCAAAUCCCCAUCGCUGAUCCCCGCUCCCAGUCUGCUCCUGCCAAACCACCACUUGAAGCUACCCUGGUGACUUUUGAGUCGACUCAAAAGUCACCUCGGUCCCAGUCUGCUCCUGCCAAACCACCACUUGAAGCUACCCUGAAACCGCCCCUCCCAUCUGACCCUAGGAAGGCACUUGAACGGACCACAGUUUCCCCUAGUUCGUCUUCCGACUGUAUCCAACCGACGGAGGCUGCUGCUAUCUCGUCGCCAUUGCCACCUCCAUCUGUGCCCCCCUUCCCAUCGGACCCUAGCACACUUGAACGGACCGCAGUUUCCCCUAGUUCGUCUUCCAACCGUACCACUGAGAAUUCAAAAAAAUACCCGACGGAGGCUGCUGCUAUCUCACCAACGGCGCCUCCGUCUGACCCCAGUGAGUCACUCGAACUGACAAGUGAAUCCCCCCUCACGUCUGAUCCUGGUUCAUCUGGCCGCGUUACCCUGGUGAAGGGUCCUAUUGACUCGCCAAUACCACCUCCAUCGGACCCCAGCGAGUCACUCGAACAGGCAAGGAAACCCCCCCUCACUCCUGGUCCUACGAGCCCGUUUGCAGCAGCAAGUGAGACGGCCUUACGAUCAGAGCCUAGCACCUCACGUGGUGCCACCACAACCGGACCCCCCCUCAUGCCUGGUGGCUCGACUGGCCCCUUGGGAGCUACAGGUGAGCCGCUCACACCAUCCGGCCAUAGCACCGCGCAUGUUGCCACCACAACCGAACCCCUCCUCAUGGCCUCACCAGCAGCAGCCACGGAAGCAGCAGCUUCAUCGGUGGUAGCAGUGGCAUCGGGAGAAGCAGCGGCAACGGAAGCAGCAGCAGCAACGGCGGCAACAGAAGCAGCAGCAGCAACGGCGGCAACAGAAGCAGCAGCAGCAAUGGUGGCAAUGAAAGCUGCAGCGGCAACGGCAUUAGGAGCAGCAAGUGUAUUAGAGGCAGCAUCGGCUGGAAAUCCGCGGAUUGGAGAGGGGAAGGUGCAGGGAGGGGGGUCAAAAGCAGAGGGGAGGGUGGAAGGAGAGGGAAGGGGGAAAGAAGAGGAGCAAGGAGGUUUAGAUAUUCAAUGGAAGGGGCCUUUUGAUGUGACUGUAAUGGAGGGUGUUGCAGAGGGGAAGGGGAUAAGAGUGGUGGCCGAGGGAGGUGUGAGGGAGGGGGAGAGGAGGAGAGGGGUCGUGGAGGGAAAAGAGGAGAGGAAUGGGGAGGAGGAGGAGAGAGAGGAGGGGGAAGAGAGAGGAGGAGGAGAGAGAGAGGAGGGGGAAGAGAGAGGAGGAGGAGAGGGAGAGGAGGGGGAAGAGAGAGAGGAGGGGGAAGAGGAGGAGAAAGACGAAGUGGGAGCAGAAGAGGGAGAGGAGGAAGGUGGGUUGGUGGCAACAGCAGAUAGCAGUUCGAAGACUGCGGGUGCGCAAGAGAAGCGGAAGGAAUGGUUGAGGGCGGAGAGGAAGGAGGCGAGAGAGGAGGAGAGAGAGGAAGAGGAGGAGGGAGAAGAGGAGGAAGAGGAGGCGGACGAGGAAGAAAGUGGGCCGUUGGCAGUAGCAGAUGGCAGUCUGAAGGGGCGAGAGAAGCAGAGGGGGUCGAGCAUCGAGUGGCUGAGGGCGGAGAGGUUGGAAGCGAGAGAGGAGGGGGGGGCGCAGGAUGGAGAGGAGGAGGCGGAGGAGGAGGAGAGUGGGUUGGUGGCAGUGGCAGACGGCAGUUUGAAGCAGAGGCGCGGGUCGAGCAAGGAGUGGCUGAGGGCGGAGAGGAAGAGAGAGAGGCAGAGGGAGAGACGAGUGGUGCUGCUGGCGGCACAGCUGAAAGAGGAGCUGGAGAGACAAGGGCGGGAGAUGCGGAGUGAGGUAAGGAAAGGGGGAGACGUGAGUGAGGAGGGAUCUUCAACGAGUGGUGUAACCGAGAGGGAGGUAAAGGAGGUGGUUAGGAUCCAGGAGCGGAUGGAGGAGGAAGGCGAGGUGACGAGAGAUUUGAGAGGAAGGCGCGGCGGAGGGACAGGCUUCAGGGAAGGGCUGCUGCUGGCAGCACGGAAAGACGGGGAGGAUAGGGAGGUUGGGGAGGUUGGGGAGGUUGGGGAGGGUCGGGAGGGUGGGGAGGAUUCGCCUACAGGUGCCAAUGCAAAGGGCGAAAAAGGGGGGGCGGAUGCUAAGGGAAUGGGCGAGAAGGAAAUGCAGGCCAUUUCUAAGAGAAAAGGGCUUCUAGAUGUGGAGGAGUUGAGAGCGGUGGAUCUAGGUCAGGUGGCUCUGCUGCUGGGAGCGAUUGAGGGGCUCAAGGAGGUUCAGGAUCUGCCGAAGCUGAUGAGCUGGCUUGGCGGCGUGUCGGAGGAGGGGGGUGGAGAGGUUGGCCCUGCUGGAGGGGGAUUGGGCGGCGAUGACGUGUCACUGGGCAGUGCUGAGGUGUCGCAGGUGCUGUAUGAGCUGGCGAUUGCGGAGGAGAGUGAGAAAGCUCUGGCGCUGCUGAGGUGGAUGGAGGGGAGAAGGGAGAGGGAGUGGGGGGAGAUGAGUGAGAAGGCACGAAGAAAGUUCCUAAUGGCGAGAGAAAGGGAAGGAGUGGAAAGGGUGGGGAAGCAGAGAGAGGGGAUGGGUGGGAGAAAGGUGAGUGGAGGAGAGGAGGGGGGAUUGUUUGGGCCGACUGGCACUGCGUAUGGUGCUGUUGUGACCAUGCUGCUUAGGGUGGGACGGGUGGAGCAAGCUGGCGCCAUGGCCAUGGGGCAGCACAGUCGAAGCAGGAGCAGAAAGAGCAGCAAGAGCAGCAGGAGCAGCGGCUGCAACAGUCAGAGCAGCAGCACGAGACAGAGAUCAACCAAGCAAGCUCCAUCAGGCGUCCCACAAACCCCCCUCCACCACCUCCUCCUCCCAUCCCACCCCCCCCUCCCAUCCCCAUACCACAAUCCGUGUACUGCCAACUGAUCGGCGCGCUAGUGGGCACGGACAAGGGCCUGAGAGCCCUCGACGCGUUCCUCAAGAUGCGGAAGGGACAGGGCAAGGGGGAGCGGCCGUCCCUGGCGCUGUGCCACCUGGUGAUGAAAGGGUGCCUCAAGGAGGGCGGGCGGGGGGGACUGGACGGGUGUGGAGUGAUGGUGGACGAGAUGACCAGGCUGGGCGGCAAGCUGAAGCCCACUGCGCUGACCUUCUCCUUCCUCAUCCGCGCACUGUUGCAAGAUGGGGACCUCAAGAGAGCCACAUACGUGAUCUUGAAGAGGAUGCAACGGCGGGGCCUGGUGCCGCGGCUGGAGGACGUGCAUGGAGUCAUCAAGGGGUGGCUAGGGACGGGAGGGGCGGCAGGGGUGACGGAAGCUAUGGCGAUUAUGGAUGCGAUGCUGGGGAUCACGGCGGAUGGAAGAAUAAAACUCAGUGCUUCUGUGAUGGUGCAACCCUCUGAGGUG